AAUGGAAAAAGUUGGAUUUUUCUUUUUUUAAUAAAUAAAUUAUAUUACAAACCAACCAAGAAAACCUAACUCCUCGUCGGAGGACUGGAGCAAUGCAUGAGCAGGGGGUCAGACCACCUCGGCCAUAGGUAAACAAAUCAUGGCGACACUUGUGACAGCGAAAGUAAUAAUCUUGAAAAAUUAACAUUUCGGUUAUCCUUAAUAUCCGGUGGAAAUAUCAUAGAAGAAAAAUGUCUUCGAAUUGUGUAAACAUUACGAGAUACACAUUUUUUAUACAGAAAUAAGAACCGGUGUGAUACUAUAAACUCACGAAAAAAAAAAAGUGAUUUGCCCCAAAUAUAAAUGUCAGAAUCAUCUAAAACAGCAAGAGUACUAGCGAAAAAAAUAAUUUUUCAUGUGAAAAAAAGGUGAUGGGUGGUUAAUGAUCUUUCUUGGUCGCUUCCUUGUUAAUGGUUCAGGUAAGUAUUGGCUGUUCUCGGGUUUUGGUAUGGAUUUUUUUUGUUUACGUUUUUCAGUGUGUUUUACUUUUGGCCAUGCGCGUGUGCCAAAUGCAUUAUUUCACAUACCUGUAGUUAGAAAGACGAUUUAGAGAGAUAUUUAGUUGUUAUUUUAUACCGGCACAAUAAUAUAUUGUAAAAUAUAUUUUUUUAUAAAAUUGAACUUUAUUAUCUGUUCGAAACAAAAUACAGAUAAUUUUUUCAUCUGAGUACUUGGCAACAAUGUUUGCGCACGUGUUAUCAAAACAUGGAGGUAGUAAGAGAACGUUCUGCAGCUCUGUCUGAAACCCAACGCAUGGCACUUUUGCGCCAUAUCGAGCAAAGGCCAAUCAUUGAGGACAGGUCUACAAGCAACACCAUAAAUGAUAGGAAAAGAAAGGCCUGGGAUGAAAUUACUGCUUCAUUCAACGCCAGCUACCCAGACCAAAUCCCUCGCUCAGCCAAGCAGCUCAAGAGAAGUUACGAACACAUAAAACGGAAAACUGAAAGCCGAGAUAUACAGCAAAGAAAAAUUUUAGCAAAGACAGGUGGUGGCCCACCACUCAAAAUAUUGGAAGCUUCAGAAGAAAUGGUCUUGGCAUCAUCACUGAUGGGGGCAGAAUUGUCAAUGGCUGAUGACAUUUACGAGACCUUCAGUAAACCAAUACAUGAAGCAAAUAAUACCUUAGAAAAUGUGCAGCUAGUAUUUGCCGAGGUGCUCGAGCAACCCAGUGCUCGUGGCAUGCGGAAGACUUCUGCAAGUGUACCUUCUGCUUCACUUACUCAGUCCUAUGAUCCACUUGUUUUACCUGGUCCAACCCCAGGGCCAUCAUCUGUGUCUUCUGCACAAUUUACUGCAGUUUCAUCUACUGUUUAUCGACCUCUAUUUUCACCCUCUGUUCCUGUCUCACAAGUCAAUGUUCCUGCCUCACCAGUCAUUGCUCUUGCCUCACCAAACAUUGCUCCUGCCUCGCCAGUCAAUGCCCCUGAUUCACUAUCGAGUGAUCCUGCCUCACCCCCUCCUACUCAUGCUUCCAACCAACACCUUUAUUCAGUGUCCAAGGCAUCUGGUUCUCGGCCAAGGAGCACACCAAGGCGAACUUGGAGGGUGACACGUGUGUAUGAAAUGUGUGAUAAAAGACAAGAAGAGUUACAUAAAUAUAAUUUGUACAGAUUGAAAAGGGAGCAUGAGGAGGAAAUGAAACUGAAAAAAGAAAUUAUGUCAACACAAAAACUACAACAAAAAUUAAGUGAAACUGCAAUUGCAUCGAUUGAAAAGACACAUGAAAAAUUGAUUAAUUCUUUGGAAUUGUUAGAUAGUGUUUUAAGGAAAGCAAGAGCUGCAUAUGAUGCCAUGGCUAAAACAUAUGAAUGAUGUUGUAAUAUUUCAGAAAUUGGCAUCUAAAGUAAAAGUUAAUCUUUCUAUUUCUUACAUAUUCAACUAAUUUUAUUUGAUGGAAAUAAACAUACAUGUGUUUAUUUUGACAAAGAUUUUUUUUGUGUACAAAAACUGUCAUAAGUAUGGCAGGUAAUUAUUUUUUGGGGGGUGAUUAUUUAUAAUACUGUAUACAUGA